AUGAGGCCAGCUCUGCGUCUUCUCGCCGCCGUCAAGCCCGUCGGGCGCGUCCUCGAGCCCGGCGCCCCCACCGGCCUCACCGGCCUGUCCACCCACGCUGCGCCGCGCUCGACUCUGGUCUACCUGUACAGCAAGACGCUCGACCGGCUCAAGCAGUUCCCCGAGUCGUCCGUUUACCGCCAGUCCACCGAGGCUCUGACCCGCCACCGCCUGAACAUCAUUGAGCGCAUUGAGCCUGCCGGCCUCAAGGAGUGGGAGGAGCGUGUCCAGAAGCAGGUUGAUGCGAACCCGGACGCCUUCGAGAAGCACGGCGUUGCCAUCAGACACACUGCCGACGGCCGGUCUUUUGUUACCAUCCGCGCGGCGCCCGAGGUUGAUGAACGCGAGGAGGAAUGGAACGGCGAGCUUGUCGCCGAGCCCUCGCUCGAGGGCAUCCGCACGCCCGCCGAGAGGAAGGACCAGAAGGAAGCAUUGGGUUAUGGCAGACCCGCCAACCUAGAUAAGGCCCAGGCCUUACACGUUGAAGCGGAGCCCAGCCUGACCGCCGACCAGAUCUCCACCGCCGAGAAGGAGAUUGGCGCUGGCCUAAUUGAGGAGGUCAUUCAAGUCGCCGAGGGCGAGCUCAGACUUGCCAAUGAAAUGCUGAAGGACAAGGUGUGGGAAGAGUUGUGCGAGAAGCCUGCAGAGGGGCAAUGGUCUUACUUUGAGAGGAAGCAUUAA